GGUCACCACUUCUGCGUUACACUUCGUUUCCCUCGACGAUGAGGUUGGAUCCCCAAAUCUUCGUUUUCUUCUUCCUCCAAGCUUUACUUCUUUCUGGCGAAGCAUAUAUUGAUCUCGGGUGCUCAAACAACACUUCCAACUACACUUCCAACAGCACCUAUGAACUCAACCUGAAGACUCUGCUGCUUUCCCUACCAACGAAGGCCGCGUCUCAAGAUGGCUUCUACAUGGGCACCACCGGAGACAGCCCCGACCAGGUCUACGGCCUCACCCUCUGCCGCGGCGAUCUAUCUCCAGAAGUCUGCGCUAACUGCACCUCCGGUGGCUUCUCCAAAGUCUUCCAAGUGUGCCCCGGCGGCAGAUCCGCGACCUUGUGGCUGGACAACUGCCUUGUCCGCUACUCCGACGCCAAUUUCUCUGGAAUUGUGAACGACGGCGUUAACGUGCAAGUGUACAAUGUGGACAACGCUUCGGACGUCGCUCUUUACAACAGGCAAUGGGGGCUUCUCAUGUACAACCUCUCUGUUACGGCUACCACAGCCAAUUCGAAGCACCUGUUUGCCGACGGCGACAUAACGUACACUGAUUUUUUGAAGAUAUACGGGAUGGUGCAGUGCACGAGGGACCUGUCUGCGGAUGAUUGCUAUGGUUGCUUGAGCACACUGAUCGGCUUUGUCGGUGGUGGCGUGAUGAAGGGGAAGAUUGGUGGAUUGGUUAUCACAGCAAGCUGCUUCCUUUGGUUCCAAGAUUCGCGUUUCUACUCUACCUCCUCCAUGUCUGUGUCUCCUCCACCUCCACCUCAGCCUCCUGUAGUUUCUCCACCUCCUUCUCCUUCCAGUCAUGAAGGGACACCCUUCCCGCCUACUGCAAACACAAAGCAUAAGAACGUCAUUGUCGUCAUCUCCGUCUUAGUUCCAUCGGCAGUGCUCAUUUGCAUUGCUUCUGCAUUUCUACUUGGGAGGAAGAGAGCCGACAAGAGAAGCGGGUUGAACAAUCACAGUGCAGAUCAAGAUGGUGAAGUUGAGAGCGUUGAGUCCUUCAUGUUUGACUUGGACUGCAUAAAAGCGGCGACCAACAACUUCUCCGAUGAAAAUAAGCUCGGAGAAGGCGGGUACGGUCCGGUCUACAAGGGUAUGCUGCCUGAUGGCCGAACAGUCGCCGUGAAAAGACUGUCCAAACAUUCAGGUCAGGGAGCCAGAGAGUUCAAGAAUGAGGUCCGAUUGGUGGUAAAAGUUCAACACAGGAACCUGGUUCGGCUUCUUGGCUGCUGCUUGGAGGAUGGGGAGAAGAUACUCAUCUACGAGUUCGUGCCCAACAAAAGCCUGGACAAACUUUUAUUCAAUUCUUCACGAAGGGUACUUCUUGAUUGGGUGAAAAGAACCAACAUCAUUGUUGGUAUAGCAAGAGGGCUCGUCUACCUUCACCAUGACUCUCUACUCAAGAUCAUCCACAGGGACCUCAAAGCAGGCAACAUCUUAUUGGAUAUGGACAUGAACCCUAAGAUUUCGGACUUCGGCUUGGCAAAGCUUGUGGAGAUGGAUCAGACACACGGCAAUGCAACCAGAAUUGCAGGGACCUAUGGUUAUAUGGCUCCAGAGUACGUAAGUGAAGGUCGUUUCUCAGUUAAAUCAGACGUCUUCAGCUUCGGGGUUUUGAUGCUAGAAAUUGUGACUGCUCGAAAGAACACUUCCGCUGCUCCUUCAGAGGAUGCUCGAAAUCUGCUUACUUAUGCAUGGACACUGUGGAGGAAAAGAAGAGCGAUGGAGUUGAUUGAUGAGGCAAUGGGCCAGUCCUGCGAAACAAGUGAGGCACUAAGAUGUAUUCACAUCGGCUUGCUGUGUGUUCAACAGGAUCCAGCGAAUAGGCCAACAAUGUCUUCAGUUCUGCUCAUGCUUAGUAGCCCGUCUGUGACUCUGCCUGCCCCUUCUGCUCCUGCUUUCUUCUUGGCAAGUAAUGUUCUCUCGGAGGAAAUCCAGUCGAACGAUAAAAUAUUAAAUGGGGAAGAGCAACCAUAUACUGCAAAUGACAUUUCUAUUACUUCAGUAGAUGCUAGGUAGAUUUAUAGCUGCUCUUUUUUAGUUGAUCGUUUUCUUGUACUUUUUUGCAACUACAUCUGAUUUAUCGACUCCUAUGUAUGUUUUACUGAAUAAAUGUGAGAACGUCCACCAAAUAAAACUACAGGCAAGUGUUCUUUUAUUUGAACUGCAUGGUUAAUCUCCUUAAUAUUAUGGUUAGUCAAAUAGGAUUUGGCGAGAUAUUUUUCUUGCAACUGAUCAUUGCUUUUAUUGGAAUGGCAGUAUAUCUUAAAGACAGUUAGCGUGAUGUUUCAAGUGGCUAGCCAUGUUCUCCCGAUCUGCUUUUGUGUUACCUCUGUUAUACAGUACUCUGCCUAAAC